AUGGAAAUCUCUUCUUAUUCUGCUGCUUGGCCGAUGGCCGAUCCCGCCCUCGCGCAGGAAAUUCUAGACCUCUUGCAGCAAGCGCACCAUUCUCACCAGCUCAAGCGUGGUGCCAACGAAGUCACAAAGAGCGUCAACCGAGGCAUGUCCGAAAUGAUUGUCCUCGCCGGUGACGCUUGCCCGCUCGCGAUCCUGCUACACCUCCCCCUUCUCGCGGAGGACAAGAACGUACCUUACAUUUUUGUGCCUACAAAGAUGUCGUUGGGGCGCGCAUGUGGUGUGAGUCGAUCGAUCAUCGCGGCUUGUAUCACUUCGAAUGAUGACAGUGAUCUCGCUCCUCUGAUCGAUGCGCUGAAAAGCAAGGUAGAACAACUUGCAAUUUAG